AUUACUCUGGAGUUUGAGAGGAUGAAAGGGGGAGGAUCGAGAUUAUUGCUGCAGAGAUUUCUGAUGUGAGAGCAAGUGGAAACUUAUUGACUUCUUUGGCGUCGAUAUUGGGAAGAUGAUGAGAGUAGACUGAUUUCAAUCACCAGGAGGCGCAGGACUGAUACUGUGGAGGAGUGCCAUGCUUCUAAUCCUUCUGAAAAGAGGUCAUUUUUUAGGGAAACUUUCUUUUAAAUACUUUACCUUUCUCAACCCACGUCGAUUUUUCUGGCAGUGAGAGAUCCGAGGACUGGAUCAGAUUUGAGACUUUGAGGGUUGAAAGAUAUCUUCUGCUGCAAUUUUUCUGAGAAAAAAACAUGCAUGCAUAAAAUGCACGCACACAUACUGUUCAAUGCAAUCUGGAUUGAUGAACCUCAUAAGAAUCAAGCACGUCAGUCUUGCCUGCACCGCUCUGAGGAAUAGUGCUGGGAACAAAUUCACUUCUGGCAUAAAAUGAGAAAUUUAUCACAGCCGAUCAUUCCUGACCCACUCUUUCAGGGAGCAUGUUGCUUGUUCCGUCUUUCCCUCUUGGUUUGGUGAGACUUGUUUUUGGAAAAUAAGAGCCGUGGUUGUGCUUACAGACUCGAAGAUCUGAAAUAUUUAAGACUCUGGCUGUGAACGAUGCAGUUAACCAUUAAUGAAAACCGAAGCGGCUGUGAUCAGUAUGCAUAGGUUGCCUACGUUCACUCGGAGAACUGUGGGAGUGAGUCAAGGCGAGAGGACUAAUGACUGACAGCCAUACCAGGUUUGCUGUGUGGUGCCGCGGAGCACAUCCUCUGCAUUAGGUUGUUUGCUUCGGGCUGAAUUUAGAAACAGCAAGUGUGGCUCAUUUUUUAUCUUUUUUCUUGCAUCCUCAUUAUCUCUUCCUCCCUCAUUAUCUCUUUCUGCUAUCACACCUCAUCUUGGUGAACAGGUUGCUGUUGAGGAGAUUACCGUUUCCAGGACUGCGCUCCUUUGGGAUGCAGUUGAAGCAACUCGCAUGAGUCUACAAAACUUGCUUUGAGUGACCAUUCGACUUAGCAUUUUUAUCUUAUCUCUGAUAAUCAACAUGGUCCCGCCACCCCCUUCUAACAAGCCGCACGUUUGCCUUUCGUGUGUGCUUAUCAUGAGUAGUAUGGCGCUGCUGGAUGCCUACCUUGUGGAGCAGAAUCAAGGCCCACGGAAGGUGGGCGUCUGCAUUAUGGUGAUGGUAGGAGAUGUGUGCUUUCUCAUCGUGCUUCGGUACAUCGCGGUAUGGGUUGGUGCUGAGGUUCGAACUGCUAAACGUGGCUAUGCUAUGAUCCUCUGGUUCUUCUACGUCUUUGUGCUUGAGAUCAAGGUCUACUUCGUCUACCAGAACUACAAAGCAGAAGGUGAGAGAGCGGACGCUUUGACCUGCAAGGCUUUAACGGUGCUCCUUUCUGUGUUCAUCCCAGGACUUUACGUGACUCUAGCGGCCAUCGACCACAUGGAAUACGUUCGUCCGCUCAAGAAGAGAGAAGAAUUGAGGAGUCGACUGUUUUGGGUUGUGGUUGAUCUCCUCGACAUUUUGGACAUCCAAGCCAGCCUUUGGGAGCCUCAAAGAAAAGGGCUCCCCCUAUGGGUGGAGGGCCUUACUUUUUUCUAUUGCUACAUACUACUUCUGAUACUCCCAUGUGUGUCGCUGAGCGAAAUUAGCAUGCAAGGUGUGAAUAUUGUGCCCCAUAAGAUGUUGUUGUAUCCCAUUCUCAGUUUGGUCGCCAUUAACUUUAUUACGAUUCUUAUUCGAGGAGGGAAUAUGGUGUUUUAUAGGGACAUCCGAGUUUCUGGAAUACUCAUGGGUAAGAAUGUUCUUGCCAUUGUACUUAAGACGUGCAGCUUUGUGCAGUACCGGAGGCACCUGCAGGAGGCGCCAACUCCCGCUCUUGCUCCGGAACUACAGAGGGACACAAUGCCACAAAGUUCUCGAGGGGGAGUGCCGGUCGCAAUGCCAAUGACUGUCAACAUGCCACCCCCGCAGGUGGUCAUACAAGAUCUAACCACACUUCCAGAGGAACCAGAACUUGAGGAAACAUGACAAAAGUUGCAAACGAGAAGAGUGUGCACUUGGGAUAUUUGAACAACGCACAAAAUGAAUUGCUCUGAGAUUUCGGUUCAUUUCUUAAUCCGGGUAUACAUCGAAUGACCUUCUUUGUACAUUGUGAUGAUUGUAUGUUAGGGAGAUACUACCAAUGGCAAACUUUAAUGCCAAUACCCCAGACAUUCAGCUGGACUGUAGCUCGAAAUUGACAUGGCAGUUUGAGUCAUCAAACUGUAAACAAAAAAACCCCUGUUUAUUUAAUUUUGUUUUACUUUUAGGUAACAUUGUAAAUGAUAAUACGAAUGUAGAAUAUUUAUUUUACA